GAGCACGCACAUACACACACAUGCGCACAACUUUGUUCCUGCUGGUGGACCUGGCAGACACGCAAUGGCCGUCAGUGAGGCAGCACAUCACGUGCAAGACAUAAUAAGGUGCAAACAAUCUGUUGAUCGCCAUUAGUGCCACGUGGGCAAUGAUCUGGUAGGUCGCACGUACUUAACAUGCCAGACCAGCGCUAAUCUUUAAACGAACAUUUUUAUCUUUUUCUCCUGGAUGGUUGUUUUGCGAUAAAUUGAGUUCUGUUGUUCGAGAAGUCGAAGUCAGCAUUGGCGUUUUAUCAACAAAUCAUAAUUAACUCUCCAGUGACCUCCUCUAUCACUACCCUCGGAAAGUCAUUUGCUGACAAUUGCACCCGGCUGCCAGUCCUGAGCAUUGUUCUGCGAUGGGACACUAAUGGCCGAGCGCACCAUUGGACGACCAUCAAACCCCACUCCUCACAUCCCCUCACCCUCCUUGCCGCUGCUUUGCUAUGCAGUCUGAAACGCGAUAAAAACUUGGCACAUCGCGGCAAACCGUUUGAUUCAGACAUCACUGGAUGGUGAUGAAACUUGUUGAAAUGUGCAAAAGCUCAGUUCAUCAAAAUAUUGGGGAAAAUAGUCAUCACGAUGAGCACUGAGCCGAGUCACCAGACACUCCCAUCCUAACUGCUGAAGUCAACCUGCCUCCUGGAGUGGACGAGGCUGCACACUCGUGCUGUGUGCAAACAUCAUUUACUUCUCCAUUUCAUCGUCAAACUUCGUGACUGUCACACACAACGUGUGUCCUCUACAAGUCGUCGUCGUCCGACGUUUGCUAUUUUUGGUGGCAGCCCGAUGGCACAACGGUUAGUGUCUGUCAUCGUUACAAUGAGGAUCGACUGUCCUGGGUUCUCGUCUCGAAACACGCUGUUCUUUUUCUGUACGUGGCACCUAUUACACGCUUAGCAACUAGGACUCCAUGGAAUCUUCACUUUUCACAGGAGCAUCUACUAAAAAUAUUUAAAUAAAUACUGUCAGCUAGACAACUAAUUUAUUAGAGUGAAAUUUAAUAUAAUUUAAUUCGAAAUAACGUUCGCAAACGGAAAUUUGUGAACGUAAAAAAAAAACAAAAAAAAAAACCACCACUAGAAAUGUUACCUUGUGUGUUUUCGUCCUCCAUCAUUGCUUUAUGUCUGCAAGCGAAGAUCAUGGCGAGCUUGUCUACAGAAACAGCGCCAACAAGGAGUCUAAACAACUUGCAGAUGUCGCUUUUUGAAAAUCAACUAUCAAGUGAAACAACGAUCUUUGCUUCAUCAGGUACAGGAAUAUCACCAGAAGCAACAGCAACGACUCUACCAGAAACCAAAUCGUUUUCGUCGGCAGCCGCUAAUUUGGUGUACGAACCCAUGACGUUUGUGCUGGACGAUCUGGAGGGCAUUGUCGAGUGGAAAGACGACGGUAACAACAGUUUAUUCCUUGCGAACCUUGCUUGGCUCAUCAGCCUACCGCCUGACAAAGGCGUCGUCAUCCAGUGACUGAUGCAAUCAUGACUGACAACUGCACCUUUGUGAUGUACAGAGGAAACACCACGAACCCUGAGAGCCGCUUGAGGGGCAAGUUCGUGAAGGACUUUCCGCCAGAACCGGUGCUAGUUCCGUCAAGUCAGGUCCUGUUCGUUGUCCAAAAACUGACACCAGUGUCCGACGGCACGUGCCGCUUCCAGAUGACCUACUCUGCCCUGUCCCUGUUGUCAAUGCCAGCCCCGGUCAGCUCCAGCGACUGGAUGCAGGGUAGUGCUGGGGUAUUGAGCCGGAUCAUGUACAACUGUUCUUCAGCGUCGGUAGUGAUCCCCCAAGUCUUACUGUGUGACAUGGUCCAACAAUGUGUUGCAGGUGAAGACGAAGCCUCCUGCGACUACCUCAAAAACGGUUGCGAUGGGUGGAUCGGAUACAGAAACGAUUGCUACAAAAUUGCAUUCCGAAACGUCAACCUCUCCUUUCCUGGCAGUCUGCUGACUGGUGAGUACAUCUUUCCAGCUUAUGCCAAGUAUCUCUGUCAAUCCAUCUUUAAAGCAAAUCUGGGAAGCUUUACUGACCUGGAAAGUCGGGAGCUGAUUGUGGCCUUGACACGGCGAGCUGGAUUCACGGGGGUUAAGCUCGCUAUAAUUCUGCAGAAAGCGAAGACAGUCAACUCGAAGCUGUCCACGCUCUACAGGUUCAUGUGGCAAUGGGGAGGACGAGGCAGUCCAAUAGCCUAUCAGCAAACUCACACCCAGAGAACGGGAGUUUCCGUCGACUGCGCAUGUCUCUCCAUUGAUGAAGAUGGUCCUAUCAUGCACCCAUACGGCUGUGAGUCCCAGCUCGAGGGUUAUGUCUGCAUGAAGGACAAAAGUCACCCGCGGAUACCCUUUAACGGUUUGCCUGGCGUCGUGAACCUUUCACCACCCACUAAAGUCUCCUUCAAAUUUCCAACAAAAGUUUGUGGAGACGGCUCGCAUGUGCACAUUUUCCAUCCAUGCCCGGUAUAUGAUGACGAGGACGCCUUUACAGGAUGGUCUCAAAAUGGCUUCUCGUUGUUCAGGUGUGUGACACUUGGUCAGCAGGUGCACUUCACGCUCUUGUGUGACGGGAAACCUGACUGCGCCGAUCAAAGUGACGAGGCGAGGUGCUCCUGGGCGAGGUUACCCCCUAUCCAUAAAUCAUUUUUCACCUGCAGAAAGUUUCAGCUAAUCGCGAUGGACGCAGUCUGCAAUGGUAUCCCUGAAUGCUUCGACGAAAGUGACGAAGAAAAUUGUUUUUGGUGCAAAGAGGGCAUGGUGCGGUGCCCGGGACGAGGCUGCUUGCCGAUAUCAUUCAGCGGUUUUCUCAACGACUGUCGCGAUAUAUACUCUCUGGAAGAACAGGUUGUCGAGCCCAACACUAUCUGGCCUCCGGCUGUGGUGGAGCUAGAUGGCCUGGGAAUGUCCAAUAUCACGGCCUUAGCCCCUGGGGAGUCUUGUCCAGAGUCCCACUUUCAAUGUCCGAAUGGCUAUUGUAUCCCGACUUAUCUGCUGAACAACAGCGAGCAGGACUGCCCUCAAGGCGAAGAUGAGGGUAUUGCUAACCACAACUUGACGUGCCCCGGUUUCUACCGCUGCUACGGCUACAACAACUGUGUGCACAGCAAGUACAUCUGCGACGGCGUACCUCACUGCCCGAAUAAGGAUGACGAGCUUUACUGUAACCUUACCUGUCCUCCUCCUUGCACGUGCGAAGGUUACGCCUUCAAGUGCAGCCAAAUGUUUAGUCCUUUAGAAUACCCUCAGGUACGCUACCUAGACCUAAGUGGAACACCAAAGCCUCAACUAACAAACUUUCGUGUGAUGGAGUACCUUUUCUUUCUCAAUCUCUCAAGGUGUGCACUAACCUCAGUUCUUCUCCAAGAUUUGCCUCGACUACAAGUCCUUGACUUGAGUUUCAAUGACAUGAAGUCUCUUGAGUCUUUCAAACUCGAAGCGCUAGAAGGUCUCCGACAUCUGAACAUAUCAGGCAACUCAUUCCUGUCUGUGAUUGACACAGAGUUCACUGCCUUCAUUCAGACGGCGGGUGCCCAAGCCCUACGGACGCUGUCCCUGAGAAGUGUCGGCCUCCGCUCCGUGAAGGACAGGUCCAUGGGCCUGCUGUCCAAACUGACGGCCUUAGACCUGCGAGGAAACCCCUUGAACGAUUUUAAGAAGGGCAUGCUGGAAGGUCUGGUGAAUCUAUACACUUUAUGGGCAGAUAACCCCAAAUUGUGCUGUUCUUAUUUCCAGCAGGUGACGAUCCAAGAGUGCUACGCCCCGGAAGAUGAAUUAUCCUCUUGCAACGAUUUGCUCCGAUCUGACUUUUUCCGGAUUAGUCUCUGGGUGCUUUCAGUUCUGGCAAUCUUAGGCAACACGGCAGUUCUGAUUUACAGGCUUUGUGUUGAGAAGCGAGAUUCGUCCUCUCCCAGCUUCCGGGUGCUCGUUAUCAACUUGUGUGUGUCGGACCUCAUGAUGGGCUUGUAUCUCACGAUCAUCGGUGUGGCCGAUAUUCACUUCCGUGGCGAGUACGUAUCGGAAGAAGAAGAGUGGAAGCAGAGCAGCGUGUGCAAGAUGGCCGGCUUCCUGUCUUUCGUGUCCAGCGAGACCUCUGCCCUCCUCAUUGUCCUCAUUUCCCUGGAUCGCCUGCUGGUGCUGCGUUUUCCCUUCGCCCUCCAUCUACAGCUCAAUGCUCGCACAGCCAUGGCGGCCUGUGGCGUCUUCUGGAUUGUCGGUCUUCUUUUGGCCACCAUCCCGUUCCUGCCGUUCACAGCUGAUUGGGAGUUCUACAGCCAAAACGCCAUUUGUCUACCCUUGCCAAUCACUAGGAAGACAUUUCGUGGCGAGAACUACGCCUUUUCCAUCUUUGUCGUGUUCAACUUCACCCUUUUCCUGAUCAUCGGCGUGGGGCAGGUGUACAUCUUCUACAUCAUCCGAGGCGCCAACCGCGCGGCCAGAAAGCAGCGGCGUAGUCAGGAGAAAGCCAUCGCCAGUCGUCUGCUGCUCGUCGUCUUCAGCAACUUCUGCUGCUCCUUCCCAGUCAGCGUGAUGGGCUUGCUGGCCUCGAGCGGCAUAGCCAUCGAGGGCGUUGUCAACAUCUGGGCGGCUAUAUUCUUGCUGCCCUUCAACGCCGCGCUGGACCCGUUUCUCUACACGCUGAACAUCGUGCUGGACAGGCGACAGAAGCAGAUGGUCGACCGUCACGUGGAGCGCGUGCUGAAUCAGCUGCAUCUCGAGCUUAGCAUUUGGCCCUCGGAAAAACUCGAUGAGCUGUUCCGGGAGUGCGUGCGCACCCUGCCGCCUGAGAAAUUAGAAUUGUGGAUGAACAGUGAGCAGAGGCCUCAGAUUACCAUGGAAAGCUCAACAUCCAAUGUGUCGUAAAAUUGUCAGAACAAUGGUUUAAAAUUAUUGUUCAUUAAUGUGUCUUUUAGUCAUACUCUUUAUUUGACGAGAAAGAUAUAUGCAGGAUAUGCAUUUUAUUUGCUGUUGUAUGCAUUAUGAAUAUACUUUUUACAUGACUGUAAGACAGUCAUCUGAUGUUUCAUCUCACAGGAAAUCGGCGUCUAUUUUCUACUAUUUUUGUAUUUUCCACAUUAUAGUGUUCUGUGUAUUUGAUCAUCUUUUGCAAGCUUUUUUUUGUGGCAUCAAUCUGUAAGUUUUCUUUCAACAAUCUGUUGUAUUCUGUUCUGUUUCUGAUGUGGUCUCUUUGUGUGUCGUGUUUGCUUGUGUUAUACUAUUUUAUAUUAUUAUUGGUAGGCAAAAGCCUCUAACUACCGCGGAAAUUCGCGUGCACUUCAAGAUGAAGAAAAGAACAAACUUGUUCCAGAAGCAUCUCAUGUUCUUUGAAAAUUUCCGCGACUCGUGAAAAAAAUGUGAGUCACAGUUGGAAGAGAGAAAUAUCAGAAUGUGUGUGUGUGUUGUUUUUUUUUUUUUUUUAAACAACGUUCCCUACAAAUGUACAUCCGCAAAAGCUAUGUAUACAUUUAUACAUGAAUACAACAUGCACAGAUAAGA